AUGGUUAGUUUAGACGUCACAGCUUUAUUCACCAAUGUUCCUUUGGAAUAUGUUUUAGAUAACCUUAGGGCAAAGAUUUUAGAAGAACAGUUACACAUCCCCAUUCCAUUAGAACCUUUUUUGGCAUUAGUUAGACUGUGCGUAUCUACUAAUCAUUUUUACUUUAACAAUAUUUGUUAUAAGCAACUGUUUGGUGUGUCUAUGGGUUCAAAAUUAUCGCCCAUCUUGUCCAAUCUGUGCAUGGAGAUCGUGGAGAAGAGUAUUUUAGAACAUUGUGAUCCACACAUUAAGUCACUGGUCUGGGUCAGAUUUGUUGAUGAUAUUUUUAUUCUUUUCAAAGGAGGACGACGCACGGCUACACAGCUAGUUGACCGUGCCAAUAGCAUUGUACCCUCUAUUAAAUUUACUGUUGAACUGGAGGAAGAUAAUAAGCUUGCAUUUUUGGAUGUUUUGGUUAUUAGAGAUAACUUCCAGGACAUAACAUCAAUUGGAAUGGUGCCUGUCAUUUUUAAGAGUGGGGAUGUUGGUGUUCGUCGCUUAGUGGAAGGAGCUGCUAUUAGAAAAAUAUGGGAUGAUCAUAGGUAUCCAAGUGUUUGGGAACUAGCCAUUAUUUUAGCCUUUUUAAAACCUGGUUUAUUUCCAUUGUUCAGCAGUGCUGCAAUGAAUGUCAGAUCUGCCCUUUUAACUGUGUACGAAACCCACUUUGUUCCUUUGGGACAAAGACUCCGUCCUGGACUCAAUGGGUUUUUGUCAGGUAUUCUGGCGGGGUUGGAAGAGGGUUCUGAUCAUUUGGAGAGGACAUCCCAGCUAUUAACACGAGUUGCUGAAGGUGUUGGGAAGGCAGAAUUUUUUGGAUGUUUGUGGGACUGUGUUUGGGGUAACUCUGGCGUUCGUCUUCCUGCCAUCACCCACAUAAUGGCAUGUUUUAAUAAAAAACUGUCAACAGAAGACCAGCUACACAUUCUUGGUACCAAUAUUGAUGUAAUGGUAUCAGCAUUGUGCCAAGCCCUUGAAGACAGUAGUGUCUUGGUACAACGAGCAGCUCUUGAUUUGACCUUGUCAGCACUUCCCAUGCAUAAUACACAACUACUAAGACCAGAUCUUGUAAGGAUUAUCACAUCUGCCAUUUUGGUACUCUUGAGAAGAGAUAUGUCUCUUAACAGACGUCUUUAUGCCUGGCUGUUAGGAUCUGAAAUCAACUUCUCAUUGUUAUCCUCUGAACACCCUGUAGUGAAACGCCUUGCUAGCAAUAUGAGUGACACAAACACUGAAGAUGGAUCAGAUAUUAAUGCAUACUUUGAAAUAUUCUCGCGUCCUCUUCUUGUGGAAGGUGUGAAAAGUUGUUUGAAAGCCAGCCAAGGUACUAAUCCACCAGAUUUGAGGCCUUAUAGGCUUAUAGUGUCCCUUUUAGAUAAGCCAGAAAUUGGUCCAUUCAUAUUGGAUGAUAUUUUCUUAGAUUUGCUAAGAUGCUUAUAUCACACCUGCCAAGCACUUCAAGAGCCUAAAGUUUUAGUUGAGUCCCGCUGUAGACAACAGAGUACUACAGAUAGACAAGCAUCCUUAGUACCUCCUUGUUCCCCAGAUAAGAAUACAGUUGAGGGUAACAAAGGUUUACAUGAAGUAACUAAGACUGCUACACUUCUAUUUAGUGCUUUGCAGCCAUCUUACCCAUGGAUUUAUCUCACUGGAUUGUUACGCAAUGCUUGUGAGUCACAUGAGACUACACAUGCUAAUAGUGAAGACCAGUCAUCAGGAGUACAAGAAGUGGGAAGUUCUUGCAUGACAGUGAUAGAAAUUUGCACUUUACUGCAGCAUCUGUUGACUUCUCUCCCUUUAGACACUCAGCAACAAACACAGGCAUCUAGGUUGCCUGAGGUCUUGAAUACCAUAACCUCCCUCCUUACAGACUAUUUAGUCAUUCUAACAUCUAAUGAACUCUUUGUGGGACUGUCUCUUUGUAAAGCUAUUCUGCUGAAACUCAUACCUUCUGUUACGCUUCCUCCAGCCAUUGCAGCAUCUCGUCCAGAUUCUCGUGCCAGUAUUAAUACAUUUACUUCCCUUCAGCUCCAUGCUGUGUCACAAGGUUCAUCUCUAACUCGUCCUCCAAUAGUCCCUGAAUCUCGAGCGAGAGAAAGCCCUCCAAGUGAGAAUGGGAUUGUUCAGAUAGGUAUAGAGGCUAAUGAGGAAGAUAUAAAUAAUAGAGAGGAGAACGAUUUUGAGUCUGUUUUAAAUGAGGAAGAAAAAAAGAACAAUGAUUCAGUAACUGAUACAGAAGCUGAAACCUCAUUUAUAUCAGUUAAUUUAAGGUCUAAAGGGGAUUCUGUUAGUUCUACUGAAAGUGAUAAAGAAGAUCUGCCUAAUACAAAAGUACCAAAGAAUGAAACUCCAAAGGAAAAUAUGCUGCUAAGUGAAAUAAAUCCAGUAGAAGAUAUAUUUGAUCUUGAUGAUUUGGAUUUAUGUAAAGAAAAGGAACAUCAGAGUAAUGAGGUUCCUUCAGAUUCUGGAGUAGAAGAAGGAGAUUCAACUCCAAAACAUCCAAAAGGAGAUAAUACCUAUCUGUUUCAUGAGGCAAGUGAGGAUGAAUAUGAAAGUGCCCCUCAGAGUCCCAACCAUCAGGGAUAUUCACCAUUACAUGGCUAUGUAAGAGAGUUUGAAAAGUUUUUUUUACGUUUUAUUCAGAAUAAAGUUCUCAGCGAUGAUUCUUCUCUUUGUGACUUUGAAAACUCUCUUUAUCAUUCAGAGAUUCUAGGAGUUGAUUCGCAAUCUGAAUUAAAGCAGUUGCUAGAUGAAUGUUUACAUUGUUGUGAAACAAAAAACUCCUCAGAAAAUGCAUCGCCAGUAAAACUGCGCAUUAAGAAGAGGCUUCAUUGUUUGACGCCUUCACGAUCCCCUAGUUCUCUUUCGUCUCACUCUUCACUUUCAGUACCUUCAGAGGGUAAGGGAGAGUCUGUUGAUUUGUCAUUAGUACUUCAACUGAAACAGGAUCUUGGUGAACACCUUGAAGUUUUUAAAGCCUCUUGCAAAGUCCUUGUUGAUUUGUCAUCUCUUCCUACAACUCCUGGAUCAGUCUUAAAUAGACCAUCAGAGCAACUUCCUCACUGGUUUGUUGGAUUGUUAGCUUGUGUUAUAUGUGGAAAUCAAGCCUCUUCGCAGUUCACAAUAGCUUCAAUUUCAACUCUUCUUGAACUGGUGAUGCUCUCUCAGUCAGACCUCUCUGUCUGGCAGAAUGAAUAUGGGCCAGGGUGUGACAAUGAAGUAGGUGUGGUAGCAGUAAAUAUCACACCAUUAUUACUUCCAUCUCAUACUCAUAUCCUUUUACAUCAUACAACAGUAUACCAGCACGUGGCUUUGCAGCUCUGGGAUUAUUUAGACUCUUCCAGUUCUCAACUCCAUGUCUCAAGUACGGAACUGCUGUUGCAAUUACAUAACCUCACAUUACCGAGUUGUGACAGUGCAACUCUUACUUCAGCACCUCCGCAGCCACCCAUUUCCAUUGUUGAACGACAGAUGCUCACUAAGUUAACAGCCACAGUACCCUCAGAUAAAGCAGGAGAAAAGACCAGCGUUGUUUGGAGUCAUGAAGGAAUCCGUGCAGAGUAUGACUGUUUAUCAAUGCACAAAUGGAUGACUCUUUGGCAGGUCUCCAAAAACCUCUCUUCAGGAGUAUCAGGAAAUUGCCCAGGUUUUGACAGAUGUCUGUUUCUCAUGGUGGAACGUUUACGUGGGGACAGUGGUCCAGAACGUAGUUUGGCUCAUUCAUGGUUAGCAACCACUCUGCAAAGAGGUGAUAUUGCCAGAGUUAUGGAUCCUGUACUUGUACGUUUACUUCAUCCUCAUACACGCAGAGUGAGCGUUCAGCAUGUAAAUAUUGAGAAGUUACCUUCGGUCCAACCUAACCAGGGUAAUAAGAAUAUAUUAGAGGAGUCACAAAUUUAUGCCAUUAGCUCAGUUGGUGGCGAAGUGAUGUACCAUGUUAGCAAGGAAGGAAGAGGCUCACACUUUAAAGAUAAGUCAAUUGCUUCCUCAGCCAAACACAUUCUUGCCUUUUCAUCAAUAUCAAAAGACAGUAAGAAAGUGGUAACUCAUCAUGCUCCUUUAACAGAGUUUGAGUCUCCCUCAAGUCAUGAACAGCCUCAGAUAUAUACCUGUAUGUCUCUCAUGGUUAAUCCCUUUACUCAGCAUCCUUGGAUUGAUAUGGAUGACUUAGCAAAAAUGAGCAAACCAUCAAACCUUUCCAAUGCUGUGAGGAUACAAAAUGGAAAUUAUCAAAAUCUUCCUGCUAAAACUCUUCAGGAAGAAUCUCAGAUUGAGAUCCCUAAUGAUGCUGUGUCAGAAGAUGAAGAAGAAACCCUUACUUCUGUACAAGUAGCUCAGGAGAUUUUGGAAGAUAUUUUGAAGUCUGUGUUUCUUAAUAACUACAAAAGCAAUGAAAGUGAUUGGUCUAGUGAACUUGAUACAAUGUCUCAUUCUGCAGUGAGUGAUGGGUUUACUUCAGAUUUGACUACUCACCCUUUCCAUUCUCAUAUGCUUCUUUAUACACAGGUUGUUGACUGUGGGCAUUGCCUAAAUGGGCUGUCUCUGAUUCGUAAUGUCAUAGAAGCUCAACCAAAAUUAUCACUUUUAAAUCUUGCUUCCACCAGUAUAAGUACCUUGCAGUAAGUUCUCCACUGAUCAUUUUUACUGGCAAGACACAGACGAUCUGUGUUUGGUGAUGGAUUUGAUGGUGGAAAUGUUUCUGAGAUGGUUAGCCAGUUUAGGUCAACUAUGUACUUACAAGUGGUAAUCACGGUUUGUUUGUAUUACCUUCGUUCGUAUUACCCUUGUCUUCCACAUUUAAGGUUGAGAGAUGAGCACUUGAUUGAUAACCAUGAAGUGCAAGUUGCUUCAGCUGAAGUCCUGGUUCUUGUUUUUACACACCUGUCACCUCUAGUCAAAGAUUCCCCAAGAGGAUUUACACCUUAUAUCACAGAUUUAUUAAGCAAAUGCAAGGUUCAAAAGUGUGUAUUGCAUUGUUUGCUUUCCACUGUUCAUGCCAUGACCUGGUUCAGUGGAGGAGCUGGGAUUUCAGACAGCAAACAUAGUAGUACCCAAGAAACACGUACAUUCACAGAGGAAGUUCUCGAAUAUAACUGUCGUUCACGGAAUCAAGCAAGUAAUUUGCCUCACCAAGAAACUUAUUUAGGUCGCGUUAUUGAUCUCACGUUGGCUCUCAUCCGACUUAAGAUUACCUUAGCUUCAGAUCGUGCAGAAGGGGGAGGAAUUAGAGAUCCCCCAAGUGUUAGUAUGAAAUAUUCUGGGUUGAGUUCUUCAAAAUAUCAGCCAGGUCAGCCCAUCCCAGCACAGCCUAUGUUUAUGGAAGUUGUAACUGUGGCAUUGAAGCAGCAUCACUUACGUCAUCUUCAUGGACAAUGGCUCCAUCUUUUUACAGCUGCAUUGCCUCACAUGGGUCCAUCUUUACCUAACAAUGCGCUGCGUGUAACUUACCUAAUAUGCGAAGUAUUAGAGUGUAUGGCUCAUCAUUACCUUCCAGGGUCUUACUUUCCACAGGCCCCUCCAGACUAUGUGUUAACAUUACUGCAAUCACUUACUACUGUUGUCCAUUAUUGCCUUCUGGAUCCAGCACAGUCCAGCAUUUGGGUCCUCCUACAUCACUCAGUACUUCUCCUGCUUCCCCACAACAAGUCAAUCUGCUGGUCGAUCUUGUAUAAUCUGUUGCAUGUAUUUUCUCCAGUGGGCGAAAUUGUUGAUGCACCUGUCGAAAGCGGUCUAGAUGCAGCAGCUUGUGCUCGCCACACAAUUCUCUGCCAUCUACCACGUAUAAUUUCGUCAUUGCUUGCUCUUUGGACUGCCACUAAGGAAGAUCAAGAUUCCCCAUUCAUUCUAGGCAGUAGACGGGCUGUGAGACAAAAUAUUGUGGAGCUUCUGUCCCCCAUAUGUCAUCAUCAGACACCCCAUCUUUUAGCAGCCAUCAGUGUAGUCUGGCAGGUAAGAUGUUUUGAUUAUAAGUUUAUAUGUAAAAGCCAUUAUUCUGUGAGAAAAUGUUUUUGUUAUAUUUUAAUCAAGAGUUGGGGACUAAAAUUAGUCUUAUUAUCAUUUAGGUACUUAGCUUUUUUUUCAUUGAUUUUUUUUUCAUUGAAGCAUGUAUUUUAUUAG